AAUUUUUUUAUGGUCUUCUGAUAAGAAGUGGGUAUUCUGGAGACUCCAAUGAUAUAAAAAGGAGAAAUUUAGCAUUUAGAAUUAGCAAGAGACACCCAGGGGAAAUGAAGUUGUUUUUUGUUAUAUGCCUUGCAGUCCCGCUGCUGGAGGCGGCACAGCUGUGUCAGAAGGACGCCCACGGCGUCAGACGCUUCAACGGCAAGCCGUGCGCCAGCACCACGCGAUAUGUUGACGGCCACAAAGGUGCCUGUGGCUGUGGACAAACUGGAUCAGACACACCUUUUCCCUGGAAUGUCCAGCAACACGUGACAGCUCCAUCCGAAAGAUACUUCGACAACGGCGGCAGCAGUCUGUGGUGUGGAAACAAAUGCGGGCACUGCGUCAGACUGACCCCGACAGGUGGCUUUGUACCCGGCAAAGGCAGGGCACCGCCAAACCACAACCCUGUCGUCUUCAUGGUGACCAACGUCUGUCCUAUUAACGGCAACCAGGAGUGGUGUGGUAUUAAUGGAAAACCAGGAACAAAUAAUGUCAACACCUACGGAUACGAGGUCCAUUUCGACCUUCAGGACCAAGUCCACCAGGUCGAAUCCAUUGGCUGGGACAAUCCGGAAGUGACGUGGGAAGAAGUCGCGUGUCCUGCCAACAUGCAGUCCGAGUGGCGCCAGUGCGAGUGCAGCCACAGUUCGGGUUAAACACGACACAGUGACAGCAGAAGUUGAAAGCAGAAUGCAUCUCCAUGGUUACUUUGCAUAACCAUGUGAAUAAUUUGCACAUAUUAAGCAAAAAUGCAGUAAUGUUCAUAUACAUAAAUAUAAACUGAUAUUUUAUCUGAUAUAAAACACCGAUGUGAAUGCCGUUGUUACAGUUCCUAUUCUUUAAAUUUAAAGCGGUUGCUUCGUUAAAUGUCAGAAAUUUCGAGCAGCUAUGUAUUUUUGUAUGAAAUAAAUUCCGUUGGUGUACACUU